UAACAGAAAGUAUUUUGUUAAACUCUACAUGACGUCAUAGAAGACGCUGGCGGAAUUCCUGAAGCCCUCCAGUAUCCCAGCAUUCAACGCGCCCUUGCAGCGUAUUGUUGACAAAGAAAAAGGAAACGGGGUGGGAUUUGAAAUAAAUAUCGGUAAACGGGAGUGAGAGGUGAACGUCAUGCUGCCAAAGAGCUGAACUGGCUUCAUUUAGAACUGGAUCUCUGCACCGUUACACCCCGGAGAGGGAGUGGGAAUACGAUAAAGGGAGGAGGAAGUGAGCUCAGCUUGAGCCAAUGCAGAAGCAGAGCCGGCAGCCUGACCUAGUGGAGGGAAGCCUUCCAGUGUUUGUGUUCCCCACUGAGCUGGUGUUCUACGCAGAUGAGCAGGCUUCACAUAAGCAGGUGCUCACCCUCUAUAACCCUUAUGAGUUUGCUCUUAAAUUCAAAGUUCUGUGCACAGCUCCAAACAAGUAUGCCGUGGUGGAUGCCACUGGUGCUGUUAAACCGCAAUGUUGUGUGGAUAUCGUGAUCCGCCAUAGGGACGUGCGGGCCUGUCAUUACGGUGUGAUUGAUAAGUUCCGGCUGCAGGUGUCCGAGCAGAGUCAAAGGAAGGCGCUGGGCAGGAAGGAAGUAAUGGCGACUCUGCUGCCCUCCGCCGCUCAAGAGCAGCCCCAGGUCCGGCCCCAGGAGGAGGAGCGCAGGAUGAAGGAGCAGCUUGCCGACAGAGUGUUCUUUGAGCAGACUGCAUUCCAGACAGAGAGCCGUACAGCAUCUGGGGGUCCCAGCCUCCUUACUGUCCUUUUAGGCCUGGUGUGUAUGGCAGCCCUCAUGCUCCCAACUCUGGGAGAACAGGAAUCCACAGUGCCUGUCUACCUCCACUUAAGUGUUAACAAGAAACUUGUAGCUGCUUAUGUUUUAGGUCUUCUCACAAUGGUUAUUCUGCGCACUUGAAGUGCUCUUGGAAACAAUCUUGGAAGGAACUAUUAAGAUGAUGAGGGGAGAUAAGGACAUUAACAGCCAGGAGGGUUGUGAGGAUGGAGGGAGUAUGUCUGGGAAACUCCCUAUAAACAGGAACUAACUUCGACGCAAAGAUCCAUGGGCAAGGGGAGGGGAGCGUUCUGUGUUUACAGGCCCAACACUGACUGAGCUGGCAUUAGGUCCGGCUAACUAUUAUGUUAAAUGGGAGGGGUGUAGAGGAACUUGAAUACAUGAAAUUAAAUGUGUUGUUAUACAUCAUAUUCAGUGUCUGUGGAUUUCUGUUGUUUAUUUCAAGACUAAAAAUGUUAUGGUGUUUGUCCACUGCUUAAACCUUAUAUCACAAAAAAUAAAGUAAAUUGAUUUGUAAAGGCA